AAUCAACAUUAAAAUGUUUAAUACUACAAUAAUGAAUCCAGUCCGGUGGUGUUUCCGGUCCUGGAGCUCCGCGUCUCCGCUCCUGCUGUGGGCUAAGCUAGGCUAGUUCAAAACUCCCCCCGCUAACCGUUACACACUACCGUUAUCACCGCUCCCGUUAAUGACGUCCUUCAUCCCAGCGGGGCGUUUUAUACACCAGCACACACAGAUUUUAUAAAACAGUAUUUAUUCAGUGAUAUUGACCUACGAUCCGGUUGAUUUGAGUCACCGACUGGCCCCCAGCCUGAGCUAAGCUAACAGUUAGCCUCACAGCCAAAAUGGCGGACAACGAGGAUGACAGCGGUUCUAUCAGAACAAUAACAGCCGCCGAGCUGCCGGUGCCCGCGGCUCAGUCCCCUGUCGCCAACUGCACUCAGCCCGCGGAGAGUUUACCAUCAGCGUCCGCUGCAUACAUCACUCAGACCGGGGGGAAUGUUUCUGCAGCGGCCGCCGACCAGAGCGUUCAGCCCGGGGAGAGUUCACAGACCGUGUUCAGUGCAGAGAGCGGCCAGUCUGGGGAGAGUUUACCGUCAGGAUCCGGAGCUCAGCUGGCGGACUUCUUACAGAGCUGCCCGGAGGAACAGAGCAUACUUGUGGGCACAGAGUUCACAGGCCUGGGACCGGACCUGGUCAACACCACCAUCAUCUACGUGCAGCCGGACGGAACUCUGGUCGAGGGGUCCGGGCUGACGGCCGAGGAGCAGCAGGCUUUGCUGGACCAGCUCACCAAGCAGCAGAUCGUCCAGGUCUCUGACACCGAGGCCGCCCAGUUGCUCCAGCAAAGCCAGCUGGUUAAAACCAUCCCAGUCCACAACGCGGCCCUCGACCCGAGCCAGCUGCAGCAGGUUAUCAACCAGGUCACCAAGUCCCAGCAGCAUGUCCACAUCCAUGUCCCCCAGCAGCAGGUCCAUGUCCAGGUCCCCCAACAGACCCUGAAGCAGCAGGUCCACGUCCAGCAGGUCCAGGUUCCCCAGCAGGGUCUGAAGCACCAGGUCCAGGUCCAGCAGGGUCUGAAGCAGCAGAAGCAGAUUCAGGUCCAGGUCCCUCAGCAGAAUCUAAAGACCACAACCCAGAACAAUGCUUCCCAGCAGCUGAAGAGUGUCGCCCAGCAAGUGGCCAUGCAGACCUGCGGCUCAGUCCAAGUGGUCCAGAAGAAGUCAGAGCCCGUCAGGAUCCAGAUCCAGGUUCCUCCCAAACAGGAAGUGAAGCCUGGUGCAGCCCUGCAGCAGAAGAGUGUAGCUGUCAAUCAUCCACAGGUGAAGCUGUCGGCUAAUGGCAGUGUGAGCAGUGCUCAGAUUAUCCACAUCCAGCCUGUGGUUGGUCAGCAGGGUCAGCAGUUUUUCCUGCAGCAGAGUGCGGGGGACCCACCCAUCCAGCUGCUGCUGCAGAGCCCCACCCCCGUCGUUGGAUCUCUUCUCCCAUUGGUCCACAAGCUGACGGGCCAGACGACAUCAACGGGAACCACCUCCAGUCCAGGUCAGAAAUCUGUAGCAUCCCCCAUCAGAGUCCAGACCCCCUCCACUGUUAAGACCACGGCCACCUCCAUCAUCAAGACGCCACCCAGUUCUGCUGCUAAAACUGUUAGCGUCCCGCUAAUUAAAAAUCCCACUAAUGGCACGACAGCAGCCACCAGUAAGAGUUCUGUUAAACCACCUGCAGUGGCAGUGGCAGUCCCAGUCCAGACCACCACACCAGCUCGACCUGCCACCGUGACCACACCCCCUGCUGCUCUGCCCCCUGGACACCUAGGAGUGAAGGACAAAGAAAGAGAAAAAGAGAAAAAGAAGGUGAAAAAGAGGGAGAAGAAGACGGUGAAGGUCCAGACCAGAUCAGGUCGGGUCUCCAGACCACCAAAGUACAAAGCCAAAGACUACAAGUUCAUAAAGACGGAAGACCUGGCCGACAGCCACCAGUCCGACUCUGACGACUACUCCGACAUGAGCGUGGAGGAGGAGGAGGGAGAGGGCGGGAGGAACGAUGGCCCCUCCCCCGGCGCCUCCACCUCCCUCACCUACAGCCACAAGUCCCGGUCCCACCGCUGCCAGACCUGUGACAAGGCCUACAUCGGUCCAGGAGGCCUGAACCGGCACUAUAAAUUGAACCCGACGCAUGGAGAUCCCGAUCCACCUGGCAGUCAGCCCGGCAACAUACCAGGCACACUAAGAGACAUCAGCCAACCACAGGAGAUGACAGUAAGAGAGGAGGAGAAAAAGAAGGAGGACAAACCUGCUACCAUGGCAACGAACAGAGUGGAGGGGGGUCCAGCAGCAGCUGUAGGACUCAGGGGUCUCCAUCACCGGGGCCCUGGACGACCUCGGGGACGAGGAAGAGGCAGGGGCCGGGGACGGGGUCGGGGCCGGGGUCGAUCACUGGCUCCGCCUCCUAAGGUGACGGUGGGCCUCGUCAGUAAGCGGGGUCGGCGCGGGCGACCUCCGAAGCUCAGUGUUACCACGGUAACAGCAGAGCAGCAUGCAGAGAGGAGACGAGACCGCUUGCAAGAGCUGGUGGAGCAGUGUGAGGAUGAAGAGCUGAUGGACAUCGUUCUUCCUCGUUUGACCAAAGUGUUGAGUCUUUGGGAUCUGCUGCUGGCAAAGGUGGAGCGCAGCGGUUCAGCUCGGACUCGGUUUCCGGACAUUUACCGUGAGUAUGAGUCCCUGCAGGUUCAGGUGAAACAGGCCGCUCAGGAUUACAUCAUCAGUCCACAGGGUGGAGCCACACCACUUGAGGUCAGAAACAUUGAGGUUGCCAGGUGUCUAGGGAUCCUGGAUGAGGUGAACAGGAUGAAGGUUGUUGCUGGAGCAUCUCCCAAUUGCAGUCUGACCAAUAAGAAUGUUCGAUACAUGGAGAAUUCCAAGAUGCUGCCGCCGUCAAAGAGAUUCAAGAUGGAGAACAGUGUUCCCGUUCAGCAGAACGGUAUCGAGACACACAGAACAAGUGGUUUGACAGUGACCCCCGUGACCUCUGUGACCCCCGUGACCGCUGUGACCCCUGUAAACUCGUCUCUAAAGUCCUGCUCAGUCUCUGUGUCUCCUUUGGUGAUUCCAGGUGGAUCAAAACUAUUGACCACCACCGCUGACUCUGCCUCCAGCUCUUCUGGCUUCACCUCUGCAAAGAUGACAUCCACCAAGGCUCCGCUCCCUGCCACACCUAUGGAGAUCACCCCAGGUGAAGAUCAGGGGGAGGGGCCUCUGCAGACUGACGUCCAAGUGGAGACUCUACCAGCAGGCCAGGACCAGGUCCUGAGCACCACUGACAUUGCAGCCCAGAUGAAGGAGCUGGAGAAAGCUCUGGGUUCAAGUCCUGAGACUACCGCAGACACAAAGACACUUGAGUCUGGCUGCGUCCAGACAUCUGGAUCCACCACAAUCCAGACACUGGAGUCAAACACAGCCCAGGCUCUGGAGUCCAGCACAACCCAGACACCUGGAUCCACCACGAUCCAGACACUGGAGUCCAGCACAGCCCAGACACUGGAGUCCAGCACAGCCCAGACACUGGAGUCCAGCACAGCCCAGACACUGGAGUCCAGCACAGCCCAGACUCUGGCCUCCUCCCAGCUUCAGCAGAGGGACUCAUCCCAGUCUGAUUCCACCACAGAUGCAUGUGAGGCCAAAGAGCUGCAAGAGGGACAGGAGAUAUACAUCCAGACUGAGGGGCUGACAGUCCAGCUGGCGGAGCCUGGUUCAGACCGGAUUGUCAUUGUCAAUGGGCCAGAUGGGACCACGAUGCACAUCCAGACUCCAGAGGGGGUCCCCCUGGAGGCAGUCCAGGCCUUGCUGGGCAUUGAGGCGUCAGACGGAGCCAAAACUCCUCAUUAAACUCUGAACAGGAUCCAGACUGAUCUGGACUGAGUAGAACCAGAAACUGACCUGAACCACUGACAGUGAGAGUCUGGAUGUUUAAGGUAGUAUUUAUAAGGUGGUAUGACCUCCCAGGUGCUGUCAAUGGACAAUACCUUAAGCUGAGAGUCUUACAUGUCCGCACAGGUGAACAUCAACAAAGAAUUGACAAACACCUGGAUCCGUGAAACAACUGGACCUGCAACAGUCCUAAAAGACAAGUCAACAAACAGGCAUCAUAAACACACCUGUCAGUCUGACCAAUUAGCAACUCAUGUUUCUUGCAGCGUCCCUGAGGACAAAGUGGGUGUAAAGAGUACCCUGUAGUUAACAGGUCUUCAGACUUCUGGUUUGUGGCUUCAGGUGUUUCUGUUGGUUCUGCUGUUUCAUAUUAGCACUUGAGGACAAACGGGAUGAACUGUUCCUUUAAUAUCAACCUGUUCUGGUCGGACACUGUUGGUGACAUCAGACUGAACUUUGCAACAAGUUGAAGAUCUUCCAACAAACACCUGAAGUUUUUUUUCCUAAAAUAUCAAACCUCUGUUCAGAAACCAGAAGGCUGCAAUCUGUAGUCGACGUUCAGCUCUUCAUAUUUAAUGUUUAAACGCUGUUACCCUGAGAGAAAUGAUCAAACUGUGAACGUGAACCUGAACAGGUGAGGACACAGUAAACCUGAUCAAUGAAUCCUGACCUCAGGUAAACAGAUUAAACAUCUAAAUAUGAGCAGCAUCACUUAAUGAUCAGUUUGUGGUUUAUAUAAUACAAACUAGUGUCCCCCUCUGGGCUGCCGUACUUAUUGUCUCAGUUCAUCUUGAUGUUUGAUUGGUUCAUUCAGUUCUCACCUUUGAUGAUGUCAUCGGCGGCUUGACAGGAGGUACCUGAUCUUCCUGCUGGUUUUUAAGGAAUCUGGAGUGAUUGUAAAUUUGUAAACUUUUUUUUUCUCCAGUGGUUCCAUAUUUGGACUUGUUCGUUUAAAAAUAGAACCCGAUUAGUUGGCUGUUUAUAUGUAGAUAAAUAUGAAAACAAAGUUUAAAAAAGGUUGCACUAUUUUAUUACUUUUUAUAAAACUUCACAGCAAAACAUUUUCCAAACGUGUGAACUCAAUGUUUGUAAUCGUUUGGAGAAUCGACGUGAGGACGGACUGAAAACAGUUUUGAGGAAAUCAAAGUUUAUUGAUUUGUCAUGUUGAUCGUUCAAGUGCUGAAUGCAUUAAACAUAUUUCAUGUUCCUCCAAUAAACUGAUGUGACAAACUCAAAUCACG